AUGACAUCUCUACAACCUUACCUCGCAGAAGUCUGUGAGACAACCUCCAGUCUCUUGACCAGCAGCACCUGCGCUCCAUGUCUUUAUCACAUCCGACAUCUCACAACAUCGUUUCCAAGGAGUGCAUCACGAAUCGCCACCACUAGAUCUCUCAGCUCCACAUCUUCAGCAUCAACCUCUCAAAGGAGGACAAUCUAUCGAUCCCAUCGACCUCAUCUACAACAAUCACAUAUUGUUCCCACAAACUCCAUCCAACCCUUUCCACUACGCCGAACAUACACCACCACCACGUCACCACCAGAACCAACAAUAACCCCCCUCUUCGAACCCAUCACCUCCACCUUCCAAUACCUCGUCGCCGACCCCCUCACCCUAACAGCCGCCAUCAUCGACCCCGUCCUCGACUACUCCCCCCUCGACAACUCCAUCUCCACCACCUCCGCCGACGCCCUUCUCUCCCUCAUCGCCUCCAAGGGCUACAGAAUCGCUUGGAUCCUCGAAACCCACGCCCACGCCGACCACUUAUCUGCCUCUUCCUACCUGCAGAAACAAUUAACAGAAUCCCAAGGAGAAGCACACAAACCCCCCAUCGGCAUCGGCAAACGCAUAGGUACCGUCCAAACUUUAUUCAGCAAGCGGUACGGAGUCCCAGACGAAGAAGUCAAAGAAGUAUUCGGCCACUUAUUUGACGACGACCAAGUCUUUCGAAUCGGCAACCUUGAAGCGAAAGCCAUUCAUCUUCCCGGCCACACCCCCGAUCACUUGGGGUAUCAAAUCGGUAACAACGUCUUCUGCGGCGACAGUCUGUUCAAUGCGGACAUAGGAACCGCGAGGUGUGAUUUCCCUGGCGGGAGUGCGCAGGAUCUGUACCGCUCCGGCCGAAAGUUGUUGCAGAGUUUACCGGAUGAAACCAAGAUUUGGACUGGGCAUGAUUAUCCUCCCGAGAACAGGAAGGAGCCGGUGCCGUGUUUGACGGUUAGAGAGCAUAGGGAGAGGAACAAGCAUUUAAGGGAUGGGAUCACGGAGGAGGAGUUUGUCAAGGCCAGAGAGGAGAGGGAUCGGGACUUGGCGGCGCCGAGGCUGUUGCAUCAGAGUUUGCAGGUGAAUAUUCGGGCGGGCAAGUUGCCGGGGGAGAAUGAGAGUGGCUUGAGGUUGUUGCAUCUGCCGGUCAAAAUCAAGACGGAUAAGAAUUGGUGA